AUGAAUCAAAUUUGGAGCCUAUUUUUAUUGGCAAUAGUUGUCACCGCUCAGCACCCAUGGUAUCAGGCAUUUAAUCCCGAUGAAGAGGCACGAGAAGAGAUACAAAUGUGUACACAAGAAUGCACAACGACAUCAGACUGCGAAACCGGGUUGAGUUGUUUCCAUGCGACUCUCGAUAGUAAAGGAUGCUGUCUACCAACACUGAAACCGAAUGAGACGGGUUGCGUGGUUGACGAUCAAUGUAAACGUGCAUGCGAAAGCACGUUUUGUGACAAGACUCAACGGCCAUCAAGGUGUCUUUGUGAACGGGGAAGACAUUUCCUUUUCAAUAAAUGUUGGAAAAAGUGCCCAGAUUUUGCACAUCCUGAGCCCGAGGUUGAUCCACAGGGAUUUUCAUUUUGUCGAUUAAAGACCGACGAAGCGACAGCGCUUCAAUGGAUUCGCCGGCACAAACGACAACUGCGAAAUGCUUUCUGU